GCCUCCAACAUCAGCACUUGAUCGGUCGCUACUCGGCCCGUCAGCCCCCUACUGCACUCAUGGCGUCCGUGUCGCUCCCCUGCAUCCACCGAUCCGCGUGCGCGGCUACCACGCGCUCCAAUCUCACCAAUGCGCGCACCUGCCUUGUCAGCACCCACAGCCUCUCCUCCCCGUUGGUAUCUCGUUCUAGAAAAUGCUCGUCGCGGUCGUCGUCGUCGUCGGCGGCGGCGGCGGCGGCGGUGGUCGGCGCGCGGGCGGCGAUGAACGCGGCGGAGAUCGCGCAGGCGCUGAGCGACAAGCGGGUUCAGCCACGAGGCGAGCGAUUGCUGGUGAAGCUGGAUGAGCCCGAGCAGAAGUCAGCGGGGGGCGUGCUGCUGCCCACGCAGGCUGUCAAGUACGAGCGAUACCUUACCGGGCAGGUAGUAUCAACGGGGGAGGAGGUGAAGAAGGCAUCAGCAGGGCAGAAGGUCAUGUUUCCCGACAUGAAUGCAUACGAGGUGGCGAUUGGUGAUGGCUCUGACAGGUUCUGCUUCGUGCGGGAGGGGGACAUCAUGGCCGUGGUUCAAUAG